AUGACAGGAAGGCUGGCUAAUGCUACCUCCGUAAGGGGGACACUGGCCGAUGCCUUCCCUCCCUUAUACUUUGACCUUUGUGAUGUGAUAGACUACAAGUGGGAGCCUGGCACUACCCAUAAUUGGCAUCCCUCAACCACCUACUAUGGUUGCGGUCCGGCUUCCCACAGCAAAGAGAUCUACGUUUGCCCUGGACACAGAGUGAGCCGGCAGUGCGGAGGGCCGGGGAGUGGGUACUGUGCCCAGUGGGGAUGUGAGACUACUGGGGAUGCGUAUUGGAAGCCAUCCUCAUCUUGGGACCUGAUAACUCUGAAACGAGACGGUCGGCCUCCUUACACCUUGUGUAAACGGGACGCGAAAUGCAAUCCCCUCGUCCUCCACUUCACCGACUCAGGUAGAAGAGCGACCUGGGACGGGCCCAAAUCUUGGGGCCUGCGCUUAUACGUCACAGGGACCGAUCCGGUGGGUCUGUUCUCUCUAAAUAGACAAGUCUCUCCCCUGGCCACUCGACCCAUUGGACCCAACCCAGUUCUACCAGAUCAGAAGCCUCCCUCGCUCCCGGCACAAGCCCAACCCCCGUCAUUGCCUAAGGUCACCCAGGCCCCUGGUAGUACUCCCACAAGCCCCUUCUCCACAACGGGGGGCUCCACCAUUUUGAUCUCCCCAUCGCCAGGCACCGGGGAUCGAUUAUUCAAUUUGGUGGCUGGUGCAUAUCUGGCUCUCAACUAUUCAGACCCUUUUAGGACUCAGGAGUGCUGGUUGUGUCUCGUUUCCGGUCCGCCCUAUUAUGAAGGGGUAGCAGUCAUUGGAAAUUACACCAACCUGACUGCUGCCCCAGACAGUUGUGCCAAUACCCCCAGCCACAGACUAACUCUGCCCGAGGUCUCGGGACGAGGGCUCUGCUUGGGGAAUGUACCCCCCACACACCAGACCCUCUGCAACACCACUCAGAAGAUUCCCAUCGGGAACUACUUCCUGGCAGCCCCAAAAGGCACAUACUGGGCCUGCAAUACCGGACUAACACCCUGUAUCUCAGCCACAGUCCUCAACCAAUCCUCUGACUAUUGUGUAUUAGUAGAAAUUUGGCCCAAAGUCACCUACCAUGAAUCCGAGUAUAUAUACUCGUUUUUUGAGAAACAGACUCGUUUUCGACGAGAGCCUGCCACCCUGACUUUAGCUUUACUCCUAGGAGGAAUCACCUUGGGGGGAGUGGCCGCGGGUAUAGGGACCGGGACCACUGCACUCAUUGAAACUGGCCAUUUCCAGUCUCAGAGCUCUGACCCUUCUUGA